GUCCGUGGAGCCGCACGUCACCUGCCUACAAAUGAACAUCCCAGCACUGACAAACUCGCGUCGCCACUUUUGGAGGCGUUGCGCAUCGCCGCGGCGCUUCCGCUCCACUUCGGACCUUCCUCGCCUCGCCUGGCCGGGGGGGGCGACCGCGGAGGCUGCCCACACUGCGGCGGGGUGCUCGGAUCCCGCGGAGACAUCAGCGAUGCACCGGAGGAUGUCUGCUUGAUCUUUUUUUUUUUUGCCGUUGCAUAAACUCCCCCGCGCUCCUUUCCACGCGCCGUGAGACUCCAUCAGCGACCAUAAAAAACAAACAAAAAAGAGGCACUUUAUGUGUCCCAGACACUCGGACCCACGCAGGCUGCAGUAAAUCACGCCCGGAGCCUCGCUGGAGCACCCGGGGGUGCGGAGACGAAUGGUCCGGGCAUGGUGCCCACGCCCCAGGUGUGCGUAUCCACCCUGGUCACGGUGAGCACCAUGGCGGUGGUGGACCUCUACCUGCUGGAGCAGAGCAUGCUGGGGUCCCGAGGGGUGCCCGGUCCCGGCGUGUGGCAGUGCGUGGCUGUGCUGCUGGGUGACCUGGGCUUCCUGCUGGCGCUGCGCUUCGUUUCGGCCGGGGUGGUGUCCGAGGCGCGCUCGUCGCAGCGGGGCUUUGCCAACGCUCUCUGGUUCCUCUUCCUGUCCCUGCUACAACUCAAGCUCUUCUUCGUGUGCCACAACUACAGGCAGGAGCGCCGUCCGCCCGACCCGCUGGCCAGGAAGGUCCUGACGCUCCUGCUGUCCAUAUGCCUGCCCUCCCUGUUCCUCAUUCUCACUGGGGCCGACUACAUGACCCCCCAGCGGAGAAAGCAGGAGGUACGGGGCCGGCUCCUGUGGGUAGUGGUGGACCUCCUGGAUGUGCUAGAUCUGCAAGCCGGCCUGUGGGAGGCCCAAGGAGGGGCUCUGGAGCAAAAGCUGCCAAUCUGGGCGGAGGGCCUGGUCUUUUUUUACUGCUACGCCCUCCUAUUGUUGCUACCGUGCGUAGCCCUCACGGAACUGGGGGCUACGGGCCUCCCGGGACCGAGGGGGCCACGGAAGGAGGCCUUGUACCCUUGGCUGAGCUUGGUCACCAUCAACAUCUUCACCCUGGGCCUGAGGGGGGCGGGCAUGCUGUGGUACAGGGAUUCACGGGUCUCCACCGUGUUCCUGGGCAAGAACCUCCUGGCGCUGGCCGUGAAGCUGAGCUCAGCCUGGGAGAGACACAAGCAGGGGCGCGGUCCCGGCGGCGGCGGCGGGGAAGAAGCCGGGGCCCGACCCGCCGAGUCGACGCUGCCCAGCCAGAGCUCGGAGCAGGGAGAGGGUCAGUCUCAAGGGAAAGCCGCCUCCUCCCACUACCACACACUGUCUCGCCCUCCGAGCCACACGCUCUCCCAUGUCAGCCCGGGGCACACAGAGACGCCGUCUUUCAUCUCCCAAGAACUCUAGACUCCCGCGUCCGUACGCGCACUUAUGCACACCCAACGCAGAAAAACCCACAAUGCUGUGAAACGUAUGCACUGUUUUUGGUCGCGCGAGGAACCAAUUGGGUCACUGCGUUUGUCGGUGGGCGUCGACUCGGGUCAAAACACUUUGGAUUUUUCCAAGAACGUGUGUCUAAAUGUCUUACGUAUGUGGUUCUGUCUGUCUGUUUUUAAUUCCUUUUCAAAACUGAUCUCACAGCAAUCUGGGGGAAGUAAUUGUGUAGGAACGGGGGAAUACCGCUGCAAUUAAAUUAUUUGUCCAUUUAAAAAAAACAUCCUUCUUGGCUGAGAAAACUGUGAAACUGUUUUUUUGCUAAUCACUUUGUAUUAAAAUUGCGAAACAAAAUGG